CUUGAUGUACAGCUGACAAAGCUUUCAGCCGGCCGGGAUGACCCAUUCGGCUCUGCCUCUACCUUCGUUGCUGGGGAUUCUACGGGCUGUUUCUGCCUAAGAGUGACGACCAAGAAGAAUAGGAGCGCAGAGCCCUUGACCCGCCAUCUUGGCUUCAACUGCAGAAGGGAGGACCGGAUCUGGCUACCACCGUCCAGACUCCAGAGAGUGGCUGUUCGUCCAGGACCGUCGCCAAACAAAGAGGAGUGGGCUGCAGCGGCAACAAUGGCCGGUGACUCAUGGUGGUCGGCGAGAUCCGUGGACCGUGUCAGUGGUGGUCAGCUGGUGGCAACAAUGUUCUGGUCUGGGACGCAGUGGGGCGACGGUUGCUCCGGUUUGGGAACAUCCCAGAUCCCUGCGAUUCUAGACUUUUUUCUUCCAUUCUUUUAGUUCCAUAACAGUUUCUUGGUUGAAUUUUUGGUUAAUUGGGAGGGAUCACACUUGAGUGUGUUCAAAUCUCUCAAUGAGAACACCAUUUCAUGGAUAAUAGUUAUCCAUGUUGUAUAAUUUAUGAGAGAUGAAUAAAGAAUGGAGAAGAAGGUAAUUUGUAUAAUGUUUAAAUGUUUGAUUAGGGUUUGCAAGUUUCCAAUAAGGAAUAGAAAAAAUUGUCAGGUUAUUA